AUGUCCAGUGCCAGUACUACCAAGCAGUGGAUCCUGGCUAACAAGCCGGUGGGCACACCGACCAUCACCGGCGUGAACCCGACCUUUACGUUGCACACGGUUGACCUCCCUCCCGUAAAGGACGGCCAGCUUCUCGUCAAGGUGCUAUACUUCUCCAACGAUGCGGGUAUUCGAACGUUCAUCGGUACCACUGUCGAUAGUGAUCGCUUGUACCUGCCACCUGUCCCACUGGGCUCUCCUAUGCGCUCAGGCAUCAUUGGCGAGGUGCUUGAGUCCAAGUCGGAGAAGUUCAAGCCUGGCGAUCUCAUCAUGGAGUUCCAUCGCGCUUCGUGGAGCGGGAAGGCCGUAAUCGAUGCCGAGGGCGUUCAGUCUGUCGCGCCUCUGCCAGCUGGCGUUUCCAUCACCCACUACCUUGGUGCAUUUGGUGGCUCAGGCCUCGCAGGCUACAUCGGUCUGCUGGAUGUUGCUGAAGCCAAGCCCGAGCAUACCAUUGUGGUCUCAGCCGCCGCUGGCGCUACAGGAUCCGUGGUUGUCCAGACCGCCGUAAAGCUGCUCGGCGCAAAACGGGUCGUUGGUAUCGCCGGAAGCGAUGAGAAAUGCGCCUGGGUCAGGGACCAUCUCGGGGCCCAUGCCUGUAUCAACUACAAGAGCCCAACAUUUGUCCAAGAUCUCAAGGCUGCCACCCCAGAUGAGGUCAAUGUCUUCUUUGACAAUGUUGGCGGUGCCAUCCUCGAUGCUGUCCUCGCCCGCAUGGCAAAACACAGCGUGAUUGCCGUCUGCGGAGCAGUCAGUCAGUACAACGCUGAAGAGCCAAUGGCUCUCAAGAAUUGGUUUGAAGUGGUGUCACAGAGAAUUACUAUCAAGGGAUUCUUCAUGUUUGAUUACCUUGACAAAGUGCCCAAAGCGAUGGAGGUGCUGAUUGGGGCAGCUGCGGCGGGAACGAUCAAGGUAGAUAUUGAAGAUGUAAGAGAAGCCACUAUUGAAGAUGUGCCAAACGUGUGGGCGGCCAUGUAUAGCGGAGCGAACAAGGGCAAGUCAGUCACCAAGCUGAUCAGCUAA